AGACAAGCGAAGUUUUUAGCAGGAUGAACAUGUUCGGGGCGCGUACGUCGCCGCAGUGGAACAUGGCGACGAUGAUGAAGACCAGUGGCAUCACGGAGGACGUGCAGCAGCAUCUGGUCCGUGUGUACGCGACGCUGGCGGCCUGUGUGCUCUCUGCGAUGCUCAGCGCGGCCGUCACUCUGGCAAUUGGACCCGAGCGCUUUGCGCUCAUGGGCUCGUCGCUGGUGUCGACGCUGGGCUCGAUCUGGCUAUACAUGGAGCCCGUGCAGAAUUACAAGAGACGUUUCGGUAUCCUCAUGAUGAUAUCGGCAGCCAUGGGUCUUACUGUGUCAACGCUCGUCGCUGUGGCUAUCCAAGUGGACCCCAGCAUUCUCGUCUCGGCCCUGCUGUUGACGACGCUGGUGUUCAUGUGCUUCACGGGGAGUGCGCUAAUCGCUACUCGCCGCUCUUACUUAUACCUGGGAGGCAUCCUAAGCUCGGCACUGUCGGUGCUGUUCCUCACGAGCGUAUUCAGCAUCUUCAAGUACUCAACGUUCCUGUUUAACUUGAACCUGUACGGCGGGCUCUUCAUGUUCUGCGGCUACGUGGUGUUCGACACGCAGAUGAUCAUCGAGCAGGCCAGCAUGGGCGACAAGGACGUGCUCAAGCAUACGCUCUCCCUUUUCAUGGACCUAAUGUCCAUUUUCGUGCGCAUCCUUGUCGCGCUACUGAAGAAGAACAACGGUGGCAGCAAGCCCCGCAGCAACCACCGCGACUAAGAGCGAUCAAGUUGAUCACAACUUGGAACGAUGGAAUGCAUUUUAAGUUUUUUUGAUAUACUGCGAGGUAAUACACGU